AAAGUCUCUGAUCAGAACGAUCACCUUCUAUCCUAUAUGCCACUCUCAGUAAUCAAGAUUACAUAGCUAACUCAUAUAAUAGCCAUAAUAGCCCACAUGCGAAUGAGAGACCAGCACGCCGAAAUUGAGCGCAACAGAGCCAUGAUUGCGGAUUUGCAGCUCAGAGCAAGAGUACCUGACGAACUGAGACGCCAACCCAGAGAAUUUAGAUACAACCCUGACGAAUUCAGACGUCAAGGCCUCGAGUUCAGACCCCAGCACGAACCGAUCCGUGAGGCUAUAGUCAUAAAUGAUCUAGAAAUACGCCAACUCGGAGGUUGGAUACAACUACCAAAACAGAACGUCGAGGCCGCCCCUCAACAGCACGACCCUAAGUCGGAGAAGGACAAAGCAAUUCCAGAGCUUGAUCUUCCAUUCCAUCAACAGCUUUCACUACCGCGAUAUGAACUCGACCAGCCUCCUCGUGCAAAGGCAGAAAUGCUAUAUACUAUGGUCCAGGAAGUGCCUCGUAAGGCAGGACAACAUGAACUCCGCGAGGAUGAUAGGCUAAAAGGCGAAGAGAAGUUAUUGCAAAAUAUAGGCUUUGCUCAUUUCCCGGCCCAGCUCGAACUCAACCCCAACCUUCGACCCGUAAAUGGCAAAGCACUAGCUCCUGAUCUUGGUGCCCUAAACCGUCGCUUAGCCGAUUUCCGUGGUCGACACUUGAGGAAAUUCUGGCGACGUCGAAGAGUUCCGGCCGUAGCUGCAGAAGAGGCCGUUCGUCCACAACCAGAGGAGUCUAAUGAGGAAGAUUUGGGAGCCAUUGCAGCUAGAUUGGUGGAGGAGUCACUUUUCGUUGCGGAUGCAGAAAAAGCCGAUGAUGCAGAUAGCAUUGAUUGAUGAGCGAAAGCAUGGGAGGAAAAUUAAGUCUCACAGCGUUUAUUAGGGCGGUUACAUAGCGGAUACCCUUUGCUUUACAUUGCGACUUGGUUUGAUGGAAUUUUGUAUGGGUUCUUAUUGCAAUGAACGAGAGAUGGUGAGAAUGGAGGAUUGUGGUUGGAUCUGUGUAAGUAGAGAUGCAGAGUAAUGACAAAGUAUGAUACAACAUUCCGUCUAUGGUGAUUGUAAUUUCAUCACACCAUAGGUACAGUACUCCCAGCUUCCGUGCAU